AUGGCGACCAAGCGCAGGCGUGUGACACCCGCGAACGACAACCUCAGCAACGAGCUGAGGACACCACUGCUGAACACCAAGAUGGAGGGGAAGCAGGUACAUGAUCAGCGGCUUGCACUUGUUCCCCCAAAAGGGCAAACGCCUAGUGAAGAGCUCCUGCUGGAAGGCCGCGCCUUGAAAGUGGUCGAUGACCUAGAAAGCCCAGAUCGCUUCCACGCUGUUCUUCAGAGCGACCGGAGACUGCUGGUUUUCGAAACCCCAUCCCUGUCCUCUCUGAGUGCCCUCCGUCUGAUGGUUGACACCGUGGUCCCAGUGCAGCCGUCGCAACUGAAGGCGCUGCGCUUGGAAGCCGGAAUUCCACGGCUUCUUGUUGCGGACCAAGGGGGCCUCCGCUGGCUCCGGUUCCAGCCGCCGGUCGGCGGUUUUGUUUCCGAGCCGCCGCUCCAGGUCGAGGCCGCGUCGCGUGCUGCGGACGUCGAAGACAGCUCCCAAGGACAGAAGGUGGAGUCCCAAAUCGUGUCCCUCCAGAGCGCAAGCCAAGAGUGCUCCAGCCUCAAGGAGCUGGACUCGGCCAUGAGUGCCCGGGCACUGGUUGCAGAGGACCGCGAGGCGGCGCAGAGGCGGCAGCUGGAACUCCUGGAUCGCCUUACGCAGCUGACAGCUCGAGUGGAUGCCGAGAAGGCGGACCGCCAAGAGGCCGAGGAGCGGGCGGGCGACAAGCUGGAGACCCUGCAGGAAGCCCUCGGCCGCGAGCAGCAAGCCCGGGAAACGGCGCUGAGCGAGAACUUUCGGGCAGUGAGCACCCUGGCAUCUCGUUUGGACAGCCAGGAGAGGGCUUUGCCCGAGCUGGACGCAGCGGUCAAGGCGGAGUUGGCCAAGGUCGAGGCGGCAAUGGCCAGCUUCAGGCAGGAAGAGCGGAACGCCCGCGAGGCGACGUCCGCCGACCUCUCCGCAUCGCAGGUGCAGAAGCACGAGGCGAUGGCUGAGGAGAUGCGGACGGAACACACAACCCUCAAGGAGGCCCGACAGCGAGAUGCUGACGAAAGCCUGCGCUGCUUUGAGGAGGUCCGUGUGCUGAUCAGCAAUGAGGCUGCCAGUCGAAGCCAGCUGGCCGACGAAACCAAGGCAGACAUGCGCAACCUGGCGCAGGAGCUGAGAUCGGAGGCCGACCAUCGGUUGGAACUGCAGCAGCGCCUAGCGGGCCUAGAAGCGUUGGGUUCAGAAGCCAAGUCGGAUCUCCAGCAGGCCGAGCAGGCUGAGCAGCGGCUGAAAGCAGUUGUGGCCGCGGCCCAGAACAUCGUGUCCGAGGUGGCGGCCGAGCUCCAGGUGGAGGCCGCAUCCCGUGCUGCGGACGUGGAAGAUGCCUCGCAAGGACAAAGGGCCGAGGUGAACUCCCAAAUCGCAUCCCUCCAUAGCGCCAGCCAAGAGUGCUCCAACAACCUCAAGGAGCUCGACUCGGCCAUGAGAGCGCUGGUUGCGGAGGACCGCGAGGCGGCGCAGAGGCGGCAGCUGGAACUCCUGGAUCGCCUCACGCAGCUGACUGCUCGAGUGGAUGCCGAGAAGGCGGAGCGCCAAGAGGCCGAGGAGCGGGCGGGCGACAAGCUGGAGACUCUGCAGGAAGCCCUCGGCCGCGAGGAGCUAGCACGGGAAACGGCGCUGAGCGAGAACUUUCGGGCAGUGAGCGCCCUGGCGUCUCGUUUGGACAGCCAGGAGAGGGCCUUGCCCGAUCUGGACGCUGCCGUCAAGGCGGAGAUAGCCCAGCUCGAGGUGGCGAUGGCCAGCUUCAGGCAGGAGGAGCGGACGGCUCGAGAGGCGAUGUCCACAGACCUCUCCACUUCGCAGGAAGUACCAUCUGCUGCUGGUGCCAGCGCCAUGCCCUCUAUGGAUCUUCAGGUGGCGCAGGUCUUAGACAAAGCGGCAGAUAACUUCGUUUCGCUCCUGGAGACGACCAACCGACGCCUUGAUGCUGCGAUCACAAAGCAAGAGCACAUGUCCGAGGAGAUGCGGGGCACCCAUGCACCGCAAGGUUCGGACGGUUCUGCAGACGUCGUAGCGCUGCUGUACAGCCUGAGGCAAGAGCACCGCCUUGAGGCAGCUGCACUUUGGGAUGGCUUGGCGGACCUUGCAGACCACAUGGGUGCAGAUGCUGCGCGCUUCGUCCAGGCUGGGGAAACGCUUCCCAAGAAGGCCACCGCACCUGAAAUGCUGAGCAGCAAGGAUUUACCUCCGGGCGGCGAUGCCCGAGAUUCUGCAGCAUGUGCAUCAGCAUCCGGGGGUCUGGUGCAGGCUCUGCACGACGACGAGUUGGACAGCGCCUCGACGAUCUUUGACUGCAUUGGCAAAUUCUUGAUGGCAGAUGCGCAACCGGAUGGCGAACUGGCACAUGCUCCAGCAUCGCUUCAGCUUCUUCAGCAGAACCUGAGGCUUGGACGAGUCCCUUUGAAAGCAGCAGAAGCGGUGAACGCCAACAACUUGACCAACUUCCUGGCCGACUCUGGCCCUUCCUUGGCUGGCCUGGCUGGCUUCAGAGGUCUGCGCCAGAUCUUAGAUGGGUGCUCUGGAUGGGAUUGCUUGAAACACUAUGUUGACCAGCCAGAUGCAGAUUACAGCUGGAGUGAUAGCGGUGUCAAGCUGCAUGGUUCGGUGGGUGACAUGCCUUGGACUGCAGCGUUGCUACAAAUGACGAGCCAGAAGUGGCUGCCAGAUGAAGUAACACCGAGUGUUUGGAAUCAUUCACUUGUCGUCAUUUCGCCUCAUAACGUCUCGCGCACCGGCUGGUGCCUCCUGUAUGUCGCCCUGGGUUACUAUGGAUCUUCUGGCGCGACAGGGGCUGUUGAUGCCGUAGACCCAGAUGUUCAAGCUGCGGCAGGAAUCGCGGUGGCAGCUGGGAUUCCUGCUGCCGUGCUCUUCAAUGUGCCCGCAGAGCUUUUGACCUUCAAGAGCUCAUCAUCCAAAGCCCCAAUGGUAGAGGACGGGACGCUCUCCUACACAUGGACCCUUUUCGGUUCGCAGCCCUUUGGGCCGCCCUGGCGUCCGGACCCGAGACUGCUGCUGGAGUUGCCCAUGACAAAGGCGGUGGUGCGCGCCCUGGACACGAUAGGUGACUUCGCGGGCGUGACAUCCCUUCCAGGCCUCUCGAGCAAGAUGAAGUUCGCCCUGCUGGGGACAAGCAAGCGAGGGCAUCUGUGCUGGCAUGCUGCAUCGGUAGAUUCGCGAGUGCAAGCAAUCAUCCCGAUUGCCAAAGCUUUGAACAUGCAAGACUUCUUAGAGCUCACACAGCAAGAGUUGGGUGGAUUGCCUCAAGCCCUCUCUCAGUAUUCCAAGACAGGGAUGUUGGAAAACAUUGCGGACUCUCCCCAGGGGAGGUGGUUCCUGAACAUUACGGACGCAUAUGCUUACCGGGAAAGGUUUGCGGGACUACCGAAGCUGGUGAUCAAUGCCGCGAACGAUGAUUUCUUCGUUCCUGACCACACCCGUGUUUGGUGGCCAAAGCUGCCAGAUCCCAAAUGGCACAUGAUGGUACCAAACAGCGGGCACAUUGCCGGUGGGCAGCAGAUCCGGGCACUGGUUGAGCCCAUUGGCGCUUUUCUGUCCGGUGUCAUGCACGGCAAGGACGCCCAUCCAGCCGCACUCCCGCAGCUGUCCUGGCGCAUUCAUCGAACGGGUGCCCUCACAGCAAAGCUUGACAAAUCAAGCCCCGCGCCAUCAGAAGUGAUCUUUUGGCAAGCCACGACGUGCGACUCGCAAAGGCGAGACUUCAGACGAACCAAUGCUGAUCGCGGGGAAGCUUGCCAAAAAUGUGGGUACCUAGGUUACCCUGGAUGCGUGAACCAGGCUGUUGCAUGGAGCAGCUCCACGGUGCAGGAGACAAAGCAUCGUAGCUUCAGGUGGCACGCGAGUGUUCGUCCUCCAGCGGACGGCCGAUGGACAGCCUUUUUCUUGACUUUCCAUUGGCCCAGUGGUUUGAGGCUUUCGACGGAGGUGUCUGUUGUACCUGUGACAGUUCCUUUUCCGAACUGUCCGCAGCAAUGCGAAUUGCGUUCCGUUUGA